AUGAAUAAAUUCUAAGAUCAAAUAAUAAAACAAAAUUAGAAAAUUCGUAAUACUCUCUAUUAAAACCUUAUUAUUUUAGGAUAAUUUUUUUAUACUCUUAUAUGGAUAUUUAUUGCUAUAUAAAUUUUAGGAGAAUAAAGAGAAGACCUGCAUUUUAAAAUAUUUUAUUAUUUCAGUUUACCAACUAUUUCAAUACUAUUCAAUAUUGAGUAAGUUAUCAUUUAAAGCAUAACAAUAAUUUUUUCAUUAACCUUUCUUUUAACUGUAUUGUUUGGAGGAAACUAGAAAUAUUCAAAGAAGAUUCUUGAUAUACUUUGGGAUGCUUAUCCAAAUAUAUGGCAAUUGGUAAUUAUUUAAAAUAGUGGUCAUUGUUUACUAACUGAUAAUACUAACUUAAUAUUGGGAAUAAUAAAUAUUAUAUUAGCAAUUGGAAAUUCUCAAUUAACCAGCUUGUAUACAUUUUCAUAAAAUACAACCCAAAAAUUAAUUAAAUCUUAUUUUGAAAGGAGUUUGCUUCCAUUUUGUUAUUCAGUAUUAGCAUUAUUUGCAGGUUUUCAAAUAAAUAGUUUAUACCUAUCAUAUCUAUAUUUAGGAAUAUAGUUGAUUUUCGACCUUUAUUUUGGUAUAUUGUACUAUGUGAAACCUCAUAUGCAAUAUUUAAAUAUGAAAACAUAGAAAUUGGUUGUGCUUUGUUCUUUUAUGAGAUUUCCAUUAGAGUUAUUUCUAUUUUAUUAUUAAGGCGAUGAAAUCUUAUAUUUAUCUUUAUUUUCACUUCCAUUUAUGAUAUAAAUUCAUUUCAUCCUUUGGGACAAUAGAUUUAUGAAUUUAAUAUACAGAACAAAUAUGUUUUUCUAAUAUAUAUGUCUUGAUAAAUUUAGAGAGAUUGACAAUCUGAUAGAAUGUUAUAUAGAGUAUUAUUUUGAAAUCAUAGAUUACAAGAAACCAUUUAAUAGGGUUUUAAUGUUGAGUAUAUUUUGUAAUCAUAUGAAUAUGUGUUAAAAUCUGAAGUGUUUUUGUUAAAAUAGAAAUUUUCAUGAAAGUGUUAAAAUAACAACAUAAUUAUAACUAGAUAUUAAAGAGAUUUAACAAUAAAUAAAUUAUGCAGUAGCAGAAUAAGAUAUUUAAAUGAGUUUUAAGGAAUUGAUGUUGUUAUUCCUUGAUAAUUAUAUCAAACAUGUAAGAUAUACUGCUAUGGGGGAAACUUUAAUAUUAAAAUUAAGUCUGUAUGAAAGUUAAAACUUUUAACAAAGAUUAUUUUAAGCAAAAUUAAGAUUUUAAUAUUUAAAGAUAUAUUAUCAUAAAUAUCAUCCUCAAUUUUUAGAGAGAUGGGCAACAUGUACUUUGGUUACUUAAAAAUUACAAUAAUACAUAGGUGGAAUUAUUAAUUUGAAUUUUGAUCUUUCUUUAUCUUUGUAAUAUUUUAAAUUAUUAGAAAAUAUUCAAACAAAAAUUUGUAAAGUAAUUGAAGGUAAAAUAUUUAUUUUAGAACUUUUGAAAAGAAAUUAUUAAAAUCCAGUACCAUAUCUAUUACAUAAUUCUACUUAAAAAUAUUUCAAUUAAUGUGAUGAACUUGAAUUAUUAAUAAAAUAACUUAUUUAACUUAAUGGAGUAUCACUUGAAGUUAGAGAAUUAUAGGAUGAUUUUUACUCUUAAAUUAAGGUAGACUAUGGUUUCAAGAAUAUUCGUAAAAAAACAACUAUUCCUUUCAUAAACUAAAAUUAAACUGCCUUUGUAAUCUGUGAUUAUGAAGGAGACCUUGUAAUAAAGGAUUAUUCUAAUAAUUUCAUUUCCAUGAUUAAUGUAAGUUCAUAAAUAAAGGGAAGUGCUAUAGAAUAAAUUGUUCCUGUCAUUUUGUAACAAUAUCAUAGAAUUGCUAUUUCUUAAAUGAUUAAUACUGGUUAAACGAAAUUAGUUAAUAAGGAUUAAUAUACUUUAUUGGUAAAAUCAGAAAAAUAUAUAUUAGAAGUGGAUGCAUUAUUAAGAUUUGAUUAUAGAUAAUUAGAAUUUCUAAGGUUUAUAGGUUUUAUACAAUUAAGAGAUAAGGAUAGUAUUUUAUUAUUAGCAAAUGAUAAAGGAAAGCUUGAUUCAUAUUCUAGAUCAGCUGGAAUUCUAUUAAAAUUGGAUGAUGUUGAUAUUAAUUCUUUGAAUUACUGUUACCUUUCACCUUGUUUAUUAGAAGAUAAGGUAGAAUAGGAGUUUGAUGGAUUCUUAUUAAUACCUAAAAGACAUUAUAGAUCUGAUAUUUUGGGAUAUAUGAGAUACUUUAUAGGAUCUCCAGAUGAAUGUUAUAUAUUUUUAGUUAAUGCAACACAUUAAAAAAAAAUGUAUACUUCAGUUACUAUUUAAUGUUUAAAGGUUAAUUCGUUUUAUUAAUUAAAAGAAUUGGAUUUUAAAAUAAUUGCUUUAGACAUUAUGAUAAGAUAAAUUAUGAUCUUAAAAUAAGUUAAUAAAUCUCAAUAUAUGGCAUCUGCAGAAUCUGUUCGUAAAAUAUAAACAUUUAAAAAGACUUUUAAAUUUCAUUAAACUCAUACUAUAGAAUUUACUGAAGGAGAGUAUAAUUUAAUUUAUGAAGAUGAUUCAGAAAGAGAAAUUUAAGUUUAAACUAAAAAUUAAAAUAUUCUUCCUGAAUUUAUUCCAUCUUUAGAUUCAAUUAGAACUUAAAAUGAGAAAUUAUUACUUACAUUUGAAUAAUAUAGAGAUUAUCAUAAUACUUUAAGUAAGGAUAAAUCAUUCGAAUAAUAAUAAAAAUUUGACACUUUAGAAGGUUCCAAAUCAGAGUUGGAUACAUAUAGUAAAUAAAAAAGGAAUACUAAUUAACUUAUAGAAAUUGAGUUGAAUGCUGCAGAAGAUCAAAAUAUAGAAGAAUAAUUAUAAAUUAUUUUAGCAACUGUGAAAACUAGAUAAACACGUAAAGAAUUAUUAGAGAUGAAAAAUUAAAUGAAAAAUAAACAUAAAGCUAGUACUUGGCAUGGAAAUGGUAAUGUAUAAAGUUAAAAAUAACUUAUUAGAAAUAUAGUUCAUUAAUUUUAAAUAUCUUCAUUAAGUUCAUUAUUAUCUCUCAAAAUAGUAUCAUGUUUUUUGGUAUUAAUAAAUGUUGGAUUUAUACUUGGAUUUGUUAUUAAUAGUAUAAUAAAUAUAGCUGGAAUAUAAAUGGAUUCAAAUAAUUAAACUUAUCCUCUUAUAUUAUUUUAAGAUAUCAAUUUAGUAUUAUUAGGGAUUUAACUAGAGGAUUGGCACAAUGAAGAUUAUGAACUUGCAUAUAAUUUUAAAGUUUUAGGAGCUGAAUAAUACUAAAAUUUAAGUAUUCAUGUUAAUGAUAUUUAACUUGAUUAUCAUACAUUUUUAUAAGAACUUGAUGAAGAAAUAAUAAAAGUCUAAGAAAAUGGAAUACCUAUUAUUUAUUAUAAAAAAUAUUUCUUAAAAAAUUAUAUGGUAGAAAAGUUAAGAACAAUUUAAGAAGCUAAAAGUGUUCCAUUAUUUGGAGAUGAUAGUUAGUUUUUAUUUGAUAAUUAUCCAGAAAUUGCAUAAUAAUUAUGGAAUUUAAAAAGUAAAACUACUAGAGAUGUAAUUGAAAGAAUAGACUAAUUAGAUUAAAUGUCAUAAUUAUUAUUGAUACUUUCUAUUAUUUGUAACCUUAUUGGGAUAUUAAUAUAUUUGACAAUUUUGAUUAGUAUUAUUUAAUGGAGAAAUUAGCUUUAUUCAACAUUAUUUCUAUUCAAUAACAUAUAAAUGUUGAUUACAUAAUUAUCAGAUUCAAUUAGUCGUUAGAUUGUCUACACCUUAAAUAAUAAGGGAUAUGAUGAAGAAAAAAACAAAAAAAUUAAAUUAGUUUGGUAGAUUUAUGCAGCCUUAACCUUUUUUGUACUUGCUAUCAUCUCUUUAGGUUUUUACAUACCUCUAUUUCUUUAUAUAGAUUCUGUCAAUUUAUAAUCAGUCGAUGUUAAUUAACUAUAGACUGAACUUGCUAUGAUGUAAUUGAAAUAGUCUAUAAUUCUCACUUGGUUAUCUAUUAAUUAAACUGAACAUAUGUAUAAUACUAGUUUAAUCCAUAAUACUACUAUUAUACAAUAUGUAAUUGAUGAAUGUACACCUUCAGAAUAUUUUGUUUUAUAUGAUCUUCCUUUUGAUAGUAAAUAUGAUUAUUUCCCAGAAAUUUAGUAAUAUUCUACAACUUCUUUAUGUAAUUGCUCAUUAUUGUAAAAUUAAUUGAAGAAUGGAUAUUAUGGAUUUUAAUCUUAUGUGUCUUAACAUUUAUAUGAUUAAGAUUAAUAAGAUGAAAUUAUGGAAGCCUAUUAAAUUGUCUUUGAAUAUCAAAUAAAAAAAAAAUAAGAAUUUGAUGAUUAUAUGCAAAUUCGAUUAAAAAAUACCUAAUUAACAUUAUAAAUCAUUUUAGAGAUAAGUGUGAUAAUUAUUAUUAUAAUUUAAACAUCACUUUUAUUGUUAAUACAUAGAUAAAUUAAGAAAUUAGUUAAAUCCACCAAAAGUAUUAUGUACUUAUUUCCUCCUCAAAUUCUAGCAAAUAAUAAAUAUACUUUAUAAGUAUUAAUCUAGGGUAGCAAUUAAUGA